AUGGCAAGCACUGGUGGGCACCCCAUUGCAGGCUUCUCUGAAGCUAACUUUACAUGCAUUGAUAAAGUCCAGAAUAAAUCUGGCCAUUACUUUUGGAAGUGCAAUCACUGUGGUGAUGAUGAAGGUUCUGAAGGUGCAUGCAUUCAAGGCUGGGACAAUAAUCUCCCCAUGCACAUUGUUUCUUGCUGCAAGGUGGCCCCACCAGUGAUUUUCCAAGAAGCACAUACCUUUAUUCAAGGGAAAACUCAGUCCAUAUCCACCCACUCUCAGGCCACCAUUGGUGAAUCUUCAGCCUCAGAUCUCAAGAUUACCCCCAUCAGGAAGCACAAGGAGGCACUUGAUGACUAUGUUGAUUACCCCCUAAUGACAAAGCAAAUUGAAGAUGCAAAUACCAGGCUCCUUCAUGAAGCUGUUCAAGUACAGGAGGAAGACCUACUCAGGCUAAAGCCUCGAAAGAAGCUUACACUACUCUUGGAUGGGUGGGAGGAUCAGCUGAAGCAGAGUCUCUAUGGCUCAGUUGCAGUGGAAGUCAAUCACCAUCCAAUUGUUCUUGCACUGGAGGACAUGACAAUCUCACAGAAGGCCAUGGAGAAGUUGGAGAUCGAUGAUGGGAAGAACCUCAUUGCUGUCACAACUGAUAACCCAACAGUAAUGCAAGCAUUCUGCCAGAAAUUCCAGGAAAUACAUCCCAACACACUGAUUGGUGAUAUCAUCACCUGUCCUCUGAUGAAGAAAGUGAUCAGAAAGACCACUCAUAUUGUGACAUUCUUCAACUCAUCUCACUAUUGGGGUGGGCAGCUCAAUGAAGAAACCAAGGGGUUGGGUGUCAGGCAGAGAUUGAAGCAAAACUGUGAAUCAUGUUGUUAUGCACUGAUCUUGCACUGCUUGAGUGUGAAGGCACACAAAAACCCUCUAUUCCAGAUUUGCAUCCAUCCAAAUGCACAGAGGAAAAUCAAUAAUCAGAGCCCUGUGGCCUCUGAUGUCAUUGACAUUGUCUUGCACAAGUGGAGCUACUGGAUGUACCUUGAACAGCUGAUCAAGACAGUGAAACCCCUUGUCAAUAUGUCACAACUUCAACUGGAUGAAGAAGACAACACAAGAUUCUGGAUGCAUGCAAAGUCUGUGUUCAACAGACACUUUCAUGCAAUCAAUACUGAUCAUCACUCACUUGCCCUGUUCUUGCACCCCAUGUGUCAUAAAUUUGCCAUUGGGCAAGUGGCAAGUGGUCACUCAAUUGAGUUCAUGGUCAAGGUUGCACUUGAAAUUGUAAAAUUGUGGAACUGGGACAAGGGAAAGGCAGAGAAACUCAUCAAGGACAUGCAAGACUACAAUAUAUCCCAUGCCCCAUUCGCAGGGGGGCAUGCUAAUGGCCUCAGCUGGUGGGAGAGCCUACCAGUCACUUCAGACACACAUCCACUCAAGUCACUCACUAUUACAAUCCUUUCAAUUUUCCCACAUGCUGGGGAUGUUGAACAACUCUUUUCUGACCUUGGUAGCAUACAGUCACAAAGACACUGCAACUUGUCCAUCAAUACUUUUGAAACACUUGGAAAAAUUCAUGCAAACCUUUGCUACCACAUCCAUACCCAAAACAUGGCAUCUGGAAAGCCAACACAGUGA